AUGGGCACCAGUGAAAAGAAAAAUUUGGUCUGCAAGGGUCAUUUUGGGUACCGGCCGGGCUGCAGAUGGGAAAAAACUCAGACGCUGGAGCUGGAGCGUCCGGGUCUGCGAUGGGACAGUCUGCAGGUCGCCCCCCCCCGCCCGCCCCCCGAGCUUCGGCUCCCUAAUGUCUGCGUGUCUGGUGGCUCCUGGGAGCUGCUGUUCCCCACAAGCCAGCUCCAGGGAGAGGACUGGAAGAGAGACGCGAAGGCGGCAGGAAUCUGCCUCCUUGGUGCCACAUCUGAGUCCACUUCUCUGGGGGAUUUUGCUGGAUUUGCUGCUCUGGAUAUGACUGUCGGAGCCCCGCCCCCACUGUGUGAUGUGCUUCGAGUGCUGCAGGAAGAGCAAGACCAGUGCCUGCCGGAACUCUCCAGAGAGCAGAUCGGAGACCUGCCCAUGGAGCAGCCAGCAGCAGGCUGCGAGAAGUUAUGGGAAAACAUGAGCUGCUGGCCCUCCUCUGCGCCAGGACAGACCGUGGAGGUGGAGUGCCCACGGUUCCUCCAGAUGCUCACGGGCAAAAACGGUUCCAUGUUUCGAAACUGUACGCAGGACGGCUGGUCGGAAAUCUUCCCCAGGCCUGACCUGGCCUGUGGGGUUAACGUGAACGCCUCUUCCAACGAGAGACGGCACUCAUACCUGCUGAAGCUGAAGGUCAUGUACACAGUGGGCUACAGCUCCUCCCUGGUGAUGCUCCUGGUUGCCCUCAGCAUCCUUUGCGCUUUCCGGAGGCUCCACUGCACCCGCAACUACAUCCACAUGCACCUGUUCGUGUCCUUCAUCCUGCGGGCCCUGUCCAAUUUCAUCAAGGACGCCGUGCUCUUCUCGUCGGAUGACGUCGCCCACUGCGAUGCCCACCGGGUGGGCUGCAAGCUGGUCAUGGUGUUCUUCCAGUACUGCAUCAUGGCCAACUACGCCUGGUUGCUGGUGGAAGGCCUCUACCUUCACACACUCCUCGUCAUCUCCUUCUCCGAAAGGAAGUACCUCCAGGGAUUUGUCGCCCUCGGAUGGGGUUCUCCGGCCAUUUUUGUCGCUUCGUGGGCCCUCACCAGGCACUUUCUGGAAGACAUCGGGUGCUGGGACAUCAAUGCCAACACAUCCAUCUGGUGGGUCAUUCGAGGGCCUGUGAUCCUCUCCAUCCUGAUUAAUUUCAUCCUUUUUAUAAACAUUCUGAGAAUCUUGAUGAGAAAACUUAGAACGCAAGAAACAAGAGGAAAUGAAGUGAGCCAUUACAAGCGUCUGGCCAAGUCCACCCUCCUGCUGAUCCCCCUCUUUGGCAUCCACUACAUCGUCUUCGCCUUCUCCCCAGAGGACGCCAUGGAGAUCCAGCUGUUUUUCGAAUUGGCCCUUGGCUCAUUCCAGGGACUGGUGGUGGCCGUGCUUUACUGCUUCCUCAACGGGGAGGUGCAGCUGGAGUUCCAGAAGAAGUGGCGGCAGUGGCACCUCCGUGAGUUCCCGCUGCGCCCCCUGACCCUCAGCUCCUCCUUCACCAACACCAAAGCCAGCCCCUUGGAGCACAGCCGGGGCACCUGCAGGGCCAGUGUCAUCUGAGAGGCUGGAGCCCACAGACAGAGGCCAAGCGGGUCCUGAGAGGGCUGGACCCUACUGCAGGCAGUGCGUCUUCCCAGCAGAUACCCUGUGCUCUCUCCUGUGACUGGUGACACCCCUCCCCCAGGCCCUGGAUUCCCCAGAACAAAAAGGAUGUGGGGCACCUUGGGGUGAGACGAGGGCCUGGGAUUUGGUCUGUUUGCUCUUCCGGGAAGAGCAAUUCAGGGGUCCCAGAAGGGGACGGGGAAAUAAAUGGUGCC